ACGUGAUUGUGACGUCACGUAAGGUGCUCGUUCACACACGACUUCAUUCAAGUUGUCAACAGAGAGGCAAGGUGUAUGAGACAACUGCCAAUUACUUGUCCACUACAGAGUGUUUAAUCUAUUGAAAUGCGACGAAAAUAUACAUAUAUAUCAGCAGUUAUGUAAAUACAAUUUUUCAACAAUAACUGGGAUUCUUAGGGAUAUAUAUAUAUUAGGAAUUUUUGUGAUCUGUCUUGGAUUAUAAGUGGCACUGAUUCUUUCUACAUGAGGAGACACCUCGAUAAGCCAGAAGUUAGGAGGUGAUGUUGAACCUCAAUCAUGACUGAGGUCCACAGUAAUCACCUCCAGCGCCUCAAUGCUGCACUGCCAGAGGGAUGGGAAGCUCGCCUGGCAGCAGAGCAGGGCAGAAUAUAUUACCUCAAUCACAACAGUCAGGUCUCUUCCUGGAUUCCUCCUCUGGAGCACUGGGACCCAGGGACAGGAGGACAACCUUAUGGAUGGGAAUGUGCAAUAGACAAAAAUGACAAACAGUACUACAUCAAUCAUUUAGAAAAAUACACAACACGAGAUGAUCCACGUGAUGAUCCGGAUUAUGUGGAACCUCCAAAACCAAGGGAGAUUACUCUAAAUAGGGAUCCACAGAAAGGGUUUGGUUUCGUGGCUGGGAGUGAGAAACCAGUGGUGGUGCGCUUCGUGACAGAUGGGGGUCCUAGUGUUGACAAACUUCUGCCAGGAGACCAAAUUAUCAAAAUUAAUGGAGAGGAUGUGAAAAAUUCACCUAGAGAAUAUGUUAUAGAUCUAGUCAGGUCAUGUAAAGUUUCCAUUUCAUUGACUGUAUGCCAGCCUUAUUCAGAUAAUUCCACAAAGAAGUCUUCAUUAUUGACAGCUGCUAAAAAGGCCAGGCUGAAAAGUAAUCCAAGUCGUGUCCGCUUCUCCGAGAAUGUCACUGUUACCAUGGUGAACGGUGCUCCAUUACAAAAUGCCAAUUCAGAUGAGAGUUAUAUUCCUUUCAUGCCAAAUGUGUUGAAAGUUUUUCUUGAAAAUGGACAGACCAAAUCAUUUAAAUAUGACAACAAGACAACUGUGAAGGAUGUGGUGCAGUCCUUGAAGGAGAAGCUGAAUAUUAAGUGUGUCCAACAUUUUAAUUUGGUGCUACAGAACAUGAAGUCCCACAGUCCAAGUCACAUGACCCUUCUCCAGGAACAGGACACUCUUGCUGAGAUCGCUGCCAAACCAGGUGCUAGACAUUUCCGCUGUCUUUUCCGAGUGAUGUUUGUUCCAAUUGAUGCAUAUGAUCUACUCAAAGAAGAUCCUGUGGCUUUUGAAUAUUUUUAUAUGCAGUGUUGUAAUGAUGUGGUAAAUGAAAGGUUUCCAGAACUUAAGGGAGAACUUGUGUACAAGCUUGCUGCACUGCACAUACAGCAACAUGUGAUGAGCAACAAUAAUGUUGCCAGCAAGAUCAACAUUAAAGCUAUUGAGAAAGAGUGUGGGAUGGAGAAAUUUGUGCCAUAUAGUCACCUAGAGCACCUGAAACCAAAGGAGUUACGGAAGAUUCUGGCCCAGCAGAUGAAGAUGAACCAGAACUUGACGCCUCCUGGCCAGAAACAACUGUCAUCCAUGCAGGCCAAGCUCCACUACAUGAAGAUUGUCAGUGAAUUGAAGACAUUUGGCAGUCGAAUAUUUAUGGUUACUUUAUUGGAUAAAAUGACAGAAGCUAUGAUCUUGGUUGGUCCCAAGUCUGGUAUUGGGCUCAUUACCAACAUCAAACUUUAUACGUUGUCUGUGCUAGCUGAGUUUGACCAAAUUCAGAAAAUUAAAGUUGCUAAAGAAAAGGACAACAUACAGAAAGUAGAAAUUACCAUCAAAAGUGACAAUCAAGAAGGGAUGUUAAAUUUUGGCCUUCUAAAGGAUGAGGCCAUGAAUUUUGUUGCCAUGGUAGAGGGUUAUUACCGGAUAUUUGUGGAUGACAAUGUUUGUCUGGUGGAAAAACCUGCCAGUAAACAAAGCUCAGACCCUGAUGUUCCCCCAUACUUUGGAACACACCGUGUGUCUGCCUCUCCCUGGAGUUACCCAGAGGACGUUGUGACCCACGUCAUCCAGGCAGACCAUGAUUCCACAGAGAUAGCGGAGAAUGAGAGAAUCGUUAACUUUGCCAGGGGACCACCUGUGUAUGAUGGAAGUGAUAGCAACUUUAUCACAAAAAUUAAAGAGGACCUAGGCAUCCAGCCAAAGAAUUCCGAGGUGAAUGAAGGAGUGAUCUCCCUUGUAAAAGAUUCAGAACAAAGUGACACAUCUCCCAAACAUGUGAAUAAGAGUGUGAUUGUGAUUGGAUCAGAUCCUAAUGACAUUCAGGAGUACCUAGCUGCCAAAGAGAGGAAAGCUCCAAUCAAACGACCCGAAACACAAGAACAAUUAACGCCACCCAAUACCAAAAAGCCAAAGACUGAUAAGACCCCACAAACAGUGGUAUCAAAUGGAGAAAUAUUUGGAGAUGACAAGGUUCACUCCACGGUGAAUGAGGAGGAAUCAUCUGAUACAGAUAGUGGGGUGGAGUCCGAGAAGAAGGUUCCUCUAGACGAUUACUCUCCACAGGGGGGACGUGGACAGGAACUGGAGAGCAGUGAUACAGACAGCUGGGGGACCCCUGCCAAUAGUCCUGCUAAAGGUAGACAGUCCUCUCUCACUGAUCCUCUCUCUGGUUUGGACCUUUAUGCAGAUCCGGAAACAGAGUUACCAAGAACAGAGUCUGAUUUUGAAGUCAUUGCAUCCAGUUUUGGUUUGCUGAGUCCAGACAAAAUCCCUCCAGAGAUCCAAGAAGGAAUUCUCAAUCCCAAAAUGUUCUCAGAAAGGAGGCUCUAUCUUGACCCAGAUAUCAUUGACUUGACAUUGAUGCCUCCUCCCCCACCCCCUCCCACAUCAGAGCCACCGGAACUAGAUCAACAAGCGUCUAUGAAACUUUGGCAGUUUUCCUCAACACCUGAGGAAAGUCAGACCUUAGAAACAGCAGAAGUGAUUAGGCCCAGGGAUGAGGGACCACAUCCUGUCACCCCGCCAUUUGAGAGAUCAGUCAGUGAUGGUGCUACCCCAGACUUCUUUGACUCAGAUAUAGAUCAACUAAUUGCCCAGUUAACAAUACCUCCACCACCAUCCUCUGAGGAUUCCAUGGAACACAUAGAUCAUCUCGCUCACACUUGGAGUGGACCAGAGACUGUCCAUUCAGCAGAGGAGGAAUUCAGUGUAGAGGCAUUUGAAGAGGGCCUGGAAUCUUUAGUUAUUCCACCUCCCCCUGGGGAAGCCUCUGUGUCACUUGAUCAAAUCCCCAUUGUUCCCCCAGUCACUGGCAUUUCUGAGGAUGGGGAAAACAUGAACAGUCGUUUAAGCCACCGUCGUUCAAAUUCUAUGGAUACUUUGUGUUUCAAGGUAUCAAAGGAUGAGCAUAAUAAUAAUGAUGUAAGAAAGAGUGGUGAAAAGGGAGGAGAUUUAAAAAGUGAAUCUGGUGCAUUAAGUGACACAAAAGCCAUUGCUAGUGAGAAUGAAGCAGGCAAUUCAAGGAAAUCAGACUGUAGGACAGAGUCAGAAAAAACUACCUCAAAUGUUAAGGACAGUCAAGAAAGUGAUUCCCCUGGAUCUGUGUCAGAAAAAUUAAACACUUUGUUACAAAUGAUUCCCAAUUUAGGACCAAAAUUAGAAAACGAAAACGAUUACAAGUGGCGAAGAACUUCAUCCUUACGUCUUUCAAAACCUUCACCAAUGUAUGACAAAGACAAGGCAAAUCUUCCUAAUGGGAUAGUGAAAACUGAUUUGACGAGUGGCAAACUCGUUAAAAUGCAUUCAGUGGAUGCUCCAAGUCAGGUUGAGAAAUCUAGUCAGGAGGUCAGGCAGACAAAGGGGGAUGUAACAGUGAGCUCUAAAUAUUCUAGACAUCUACGCAGAACUAAUUCGUUUGACAUCCUCCCCAAAGAGGAAGAGGUGGGGGAGGAACCUGAAAAAGCUGUGACUGAAAGUUUUUCUUCCCUAAAGGCUAAACUGCAAUCAUACAGGGAUUAUCUUUUAAACAAGUCCAACAAUUCAAAGAAAGAACGAAAAACAGAGGAGAAAAAGGAAGAUGGGCCCCUGAGGAGGUCCAAUUCCUUCACUUUAAAUUAUCUCAGAAGAAGAAACAGUUCCUCUGAUUCUGAUGAUCAAAAGUCUGGUAAUGAUGUGGUAUUGAACAGAAGCAGACGGCGAGACAGGAAAUCAAAAAACAAAGACGACAAAGAGGACAAGAAAACUCCAGCUCUCUGGAAUCAGUUGGCAGCUCCAAGAUCAUUCCGUCCUCAUACCUCAACAACUACACAGGAAGCAGACACGCCCACCCCAUCAGGUGGUGAGGAGAAGAGCAGUGGCUUGCGGAAGUCAGGACCUUUAAAGGCGCUUUCUUCAGUUUUCACGUCCUCAUCACCGACAUCUACACCAUCUCCUUCUUCAUCGCCUAUUUCAUCAGAACAAGCCCUAACACAGACAGCACCUGUCAUUCCAUCCAAAACACAGGAACCAGUCGCCACUACAGAAAGCAAGGAUGACAUUUCUCUGGCCUUACAGCCACAAAAAAGACCAAAGGAAAAUCCAUUUGGAACUGUGUCCAAUAUGUGGAGACCUAUGUCCAUGUCAAAAAGCAGCAUAAGACAGACAGACUCAGAGGAGACCAAUUUCAGAGUGUAUAAUAAUUUUGAUGCUCUCCGUGAUAUGUCGUCAGGGAAAACUCCACCCAAGGAAGAGACAGUAAUAGUGACUCAGGGCAAGUCUAAACCUCAGGUGAUAUCAACAGGUGUCACAAGGGAGAGAAAGGGGUCGCUAUCAGAGGAAAGUCACGCAGUAGUGAGAGACAGCAUAAGUGUAAGUCACUCAGACUCAGUAAAACAGAUCAUGUCUAGAACUUACAAAGCAGAGGAAUUUGGAAGUGCCACCAAAGAUGCUGAUAGACUGCUGUCUGAGCUAAAACAGACAAUGGAGACACUAAAGGACUCGCGCAUUGACCGAAAAUCAACUCAGUUUGAUAUGUGUAAAGGUGAACUUACAAAUCAAGUGAAAAAUUUUGUCAUGGAUGUUAAAUGUUUGGUCAGCAAUGCAUCUCAAACCAAAGAAAAAAUGGCCGUCAACUUAAAUAAUAGUAUGCACACUCUAGCCAGAAUCUUUCUCCAUACACAAGCCACCAUGAUUAUGAUGGAGGCCAUUCAUCAGGCACAACAUCUGGGUUUUGAAGUCAUCAAGAUGACCAAUGCUUACAAGAGCACAGUGAAUGCGGCUCAAGCCGCAGUGGGAAAACCAAUAACAGAUCCUCAUAUGAGAUAUCUCAUGAGACAAGCCACAAAUCUCGCACAACUCAUCAGUGGCUUGCUCAAAUCACUCAAGGCUUUAGAGCAAAAAUAAAGUAUAAGAAUUCAAAAUGUCAUCUACAAACAUUGCAUUUAAACUGUUAUCGUAAUUCAUUUUAAUGGAUUAAUCUAGGUCAGUGUCCCAUAUCUUGUUUCAUUGAGCUGUUUGAUUGUUGAAGCAUUGUUUUUUUUUUUCUUUUUUUUUUCCAUAGGCAUGUGUGGUAUCUAUUAAGGUGUUUCAAUGUUUCCUGUUCAUGGUUUAAUAUGAUCAUAUAAAGUUUUGAACAAAACACAGAAUAUCAAGGUUGUUUUUACAGAAUCUGUUUUCAAUGUGUCUAUAAAAUUUGUUUACAGAGUGGGGACUAAUUUUUUUAAAAUCUGUUUACAAAAUGCGGGAUCAAAUUUAGGUUAUAUAUGGUUGUUUUUAUUAAAUAUAACUAAUAUAUAAUGUGCCAAUACUUAGUGUAGGUUGUGUUGUUUCAUGUAAAUUAUUAAUUACAGUAUGGAAAAUGAUGUUUAUUUACAAGAAAGAUGCUUUAACAUGACAGUUCAUUGGUGUUCUUGACAAAAUCCUUACGUGUAAGGAGACACCAAAAACAAAAAAAAUUUUAGGAUGUGUUCUGCUAAUUGGUCAUAGUUUACGGAACUCCUCAGGAUUUAUCCAUCAAAAAUUUUUUUACCCACUAACCCCCUAUGAUCUAUUCACAUUUUGAUUCUUUGUUGUUUUGAUAGCCUAUUCAGCAAAUAGAUCAUGUUUUCAGAGAAAGAAAUUUUUUAUUCAUUGUCUAUGAAAAAACCCAAGAAGUCUGGUUUCCUGCCAUAUUUUCAAUGCAGUUUUCAAUAUCUCAAAAACAUGCUCACUAGGUCAUAUUUUUCUCUUUCUUAUUUCAAAUACUGAGUAAAUUAAAUU